GACGCCACCUCGCCACGCUACGCGACGCGAGGGAGAUUGAGAUCAGGUGAGGAGGCGCGCACGACGGUGCCCAGAGCGGCGGUUCCCACGCAGAGCAAGGAGGCGCGCCACGAACAGUGAGAGAGAGGAAUAUGGAAGAAUUAGUGAAGAAAGGUACUGUGACUUCACUAGCGUCCCUGUUCCCAGUAGAGGAGGCGCAGAAGGCGGCGAAGCGCGUCGAAGACGCCAUUGCCGACAAGCGCAGCGAGCUCGAUAGGGUACGAGAUUUCGUCGCCGACAACAACAACCUCGUCAACCUUGUCCAUAAACUGCCUGAAGAACUCUCCCACGACAUCAUGGUUCCGUUUGGAAAAGCAGCGUUCUUCCCUGGUCGUUUGAUUCAUACCAAUGAGUUCCUGGUUCUUUUGGGAGAAGGGUAUUAUGCAGAGAGAACUUUGAAGCAAACUGUUGAGAUUUUGCAGCGAAGAGGGAAGUCCUUGGAUUCGCAUGUUGAUUCCCUUGAGGCUAAUAUCAAGGACCUUGAAGCAGAGGCUUCGUUUUUCAAUGCCACAGCUUCUCAAGUAGCGGAGGGUCUCGUGGAGAUAAGGGAAGAUUAUGUGGAGGAAGAUUCUAAUGAAGGGGAAUCCGAAUCAUGUAAACUGCAGCAAGAUGCUCCUAAUUUGGGAAAUGCUGCACCUAAUGAUGGGGAAUAUGCUCGAAUGCUGGCAAUAAUGGAUGAACUUGAGAAAGAAGAGCUUGCUGCAGAAAGUGGCAAUCAGAGUGAUGAAAAUGAUGAAAGUACGGGUGAUGUUGAUGAGAUGUCUUAUCAAGGACAUAUUGAUAACAAUCUCCAAAAUUCAAAAGAUUUUCGUCAAAGGGCACCACUGGAUCAGACUAAUGAUAAAAUUAAAAGAGCUCAGCUUCCAGAAAAGCAACAUCGUAGAGAAGAUAUAACUGAUCAGUUAAAUUUUGCUAGCCUGGGAGUGCAAUCUGCUGUCAGAGAGAGGGAAAAACAUGUAGAAUCCAUUUAUCCUAGUGAAAAGAUUCCUGUUGGUUCUAAAGAAAAACCAGCUCAAUCAACUAUGACUUCAAAAACUGAGGUUCCAUACCAAACUGCACAACCAUCAUUUGACAGUCGCAAGGCUUUUCCUGGCUCUAUUAUAGAGCAUGCUGAGAAUAUAGAAAGAUCUUCAAGAGAACAAAGUUCUGCUUCAUCACAGAUUUCUGGUUCUCAAUCUUCAAAACCAGUUUCCAGAUUCAAAAUGCAAAGAAGAUAACUAAAAAGAGAAGGUUGGAAUUUUUGUAUUUGGCGAUCUAAUGGCGUAGCAUCCACGAUUCUAGGAUGUGCUGCUUGAGGUCAAAAGUAGAAAGAGUAAAAUGGGGAUAAACUGAUUUGACUUUUGAGUAAUGAAAAAUUAGGACCUUGUUUCAUUCUCUUCUCACUUAUUUUUUUUUUAAAUUUUUUUUCUAUAACAUGUUUACAAUUAAAUUUUCAUC